AAGCAGCGGUAUUGAGAUCGAUGUCACGGUUUCACGUUGCAAAGUCAAUGCGCAUUUUGAUUGGCUGAUCAUCCACUAGCGCGAAAUACGCGUAUGAUUGUUUCUCCCCCAGCUCGCUCAUUCAUUGAUGCCUGCUCGGCAAUGUUCACCAACAGUGCAGACCGUAGGGUCGAAACGUGUGAGUUUCCCUUUCUCAACGUGGAUGCUGUCCGUGUAUCUUUUGGAUCUACAAGACUUAUCGAUUGUCAUCCUCACCUGGCUGUCAGCAGUCAUGGUAAGUCUCAAUGAUGACAUCUACCGGCUGAUCAUUCAGGCCGCGGGCGAGAACUCUCACGAUGGUUUUGCUAGGGAUGAAGACUGUGUCAAGACACUGUUGGCAUGCUGCCUUGUCUGCCGCACCUGGAGGCGGUUGGCUCAGCCAAUACUCAGAUCAGUGAUUGUGAUCAACUUUACCGAGCAGCUUGAUAGGCGUCUGUUGGAUCGCUCGCACGACGAAUUAUGCGGCGUUACAGAACUGGUCCUCGGGGAAAGCUGGGAUCGAAACGUGCAAGGUGUCGAUCUGGAGAUAGUAUGGCGAGCGCUUCCGACCUCGCAGCUUCGAGGCUUGUUCUGUUACGGUCCCACUGAUCGCCGUUUCGCCGAUAUCAACGACAAGGCAUUGAUUGGGAGCGUUCGACACUUGCCAUCACGACUGAGCCAGGACUUCACCGGUCUGCGUGAGGCCGUGUUGAGCAACCUUGGUGGAGGAGCUUUUUGGACGCCGUUACUACUCGCUGCGCCGAACUUACGAAGCCUGACGCUUUACCAGGCCAGCUGGUCGGGACGCAGCGUACAUGCCGACUCGCCACUGUAUCUGCCAAACGAAGCUCCACCGUUCUCCCUCCAACAUUUCGAGUUGGUAGAAUCUCAUGUCGCCAAAGCGCCUCUUGUGUGGCUGCUCUCGAACUCUGCAGACAGUCUGAAACAUGUUGCGGUUAACUACAUGGAUCGAGAACGGGAUGACCUGAUCUCAAUGUCUCAGCUGCGGGCAGAUGGUAAGCUGCCUUCCGUAACACAUCUGACUGUUAAUUGUGGAGACUCUUACGGCAUGAAGAACUAUGAGGAGGUACUGUCCGGUCCAUUGGGCCGCUGGUCCGGCUUACAGACCAUGUUCGUGCAAGGUGAUGAUGACAAGGCUAGAGCGGCUAUCAUUCAUGGCGUGUCGCAGCUUCAGCCAUCUCCCGUGGUAGAGCUUGGAGUCGGCGAGAUGAAGAUGGCUGCAUUCAAGGCGUUAUGGCGUUUGCGGAAAGGCAAGCUUCGAGCUGGAAGCCUGCUUCGUCUCGUCAGCAAACCUACAACAUACAAAGGUCGAUACAGACCCCCUGGAAGAUGGGACUGGCAAGCAGCGGAGUACUGGCGCAAGGAGGAUGUUGCAAGCGAUGCUUCAACAAUUGCAGCGAAAUAUGGUGUGAAGCUUGAAAUUGCUGAAGUGUCACAUUUCCUUUGACAUGUCCCACACGUCCUGGACGGACUAGCGAUGUCGCGUCGCGGAGCAAGACACGGAGCACGACACGAACGAACGUUGCCGUAACCCGUGUCCAUCGAGAUAGACUCGCAUCUGAGAAGCCCGCCACGUCCGACCAUUCUCCACUCCCAACAGGCGAACCAAGCUCACGGUGAAGACAUUGGCCUUGAAGGAGCAGCAAUGUGCACAACUAUUACCCAGCAUCGUGGUGAAGCCUUACCAGAUACCCUGAGCCUACGAAGCACAAAUGUAUGUCGUUCGAUCGGUCGAGUCAGACCCUGCAGUACAGCAUUAGCCGC